CUAGAUCAGAUCAAAAUUUGAUCGCAGUGACAUCACACUCCAUGAAACCAAAGACAAAACUAAUCAGUGUGUCCACUCAGCAUUUUAUCAGUAUGUGUCCCAUCAGCGUCAUCACGGGUGAAAGGUCCUCAAAUCGAGGGCCUCUGAGUUCUCCAGUCAACAUGCAAACAGAACCAAUCCAUCUAGCCUUGAAUAAAGUCCAACUAGAACAGAAAGCCAGGGUGCGACGGCUGGACGAAGCCUGGCAGGCUGCCUGCGUAUAUGCAGUUUGAUCCCCAUCCCUGUGCCUUGUGUCUGUCCUCCGCUUUUCCAGGGUGACUGUGCCGAUCUUAGACUGCAGAGAUGGACCUGCUCCACAGCUGGGGGGUGAACCUAGCCGUCUAUUUGCAGACGGAGUACCGGGACUCUGAGAAUCUGUUUCAGUGGGUCUCCUCUGUGGCGGAUCUCCACGCCACUUUCUUUGUGUUUUUCCCCAUUUGGUUUCAUCUGCACAGAGACGUGGGCGUCAAACUCAUCUGGGUGGCUGUGGUUGGAGACUGGCUAAAUCUCGUGCUGAAGUGGGUGCUCUUCGGUGAGAGGCCGUACUGGUGGGUGCAUGAGACGAAGUUUUAUGGCCCUUUAAAACGUCCUGAACUGCAGCAGUUCUCCAUCACAUGUGAAACUGGACCAGGAAGCCCGUCGGGUCACGCCAUGGGUUCUGCGGGUGUUGGGUAUGUGAUGGUUACAGCAGUGCUUUCCAUUCUCGCUGAAAGAAAACUACCUCCUUUACGUUAUAGAGUUUUGCAGCUAAUGCUCUGGAUGCUUCUGGGUUUGGUGGAGUUACUGGUGUGCAUGUCUAGAGUCUAUCUCUCAGCCCAUUUCCCACACCAGGUCAUCAGUGGAGUUAUUUCAGGUAUAAUUGUAGCAGAGAUAUUCUCCAGAGUGCAGUGGAUCUACAGCGCCGGUCUGAGGAAGUACAUCAGCGUGACUGUGUUCCUGCUCUUCUUCGCCGUGGGUUUCUAUGUGCUUCUGAAAGCCGUGGGUGUGGAUCUGCUGUGGACAUUGGCAAAGGCCCAGAAAUGGUGCGUCAAUCCAGACUGGGUCCUUUUGGACACCACCCCCUUCGCCAGCCUGCUGAGGAACAUGGGCACUCUUUUAGGUCUGGGGCUUGGCCUUCACUUGUCAGGCUACAGUGAAACAGCAGGCAGAGAACACAGCAGCGUCUCUUCCAGGACAGGAUGUAUUGGUGUGUCGCUGGUGUUGCUGCAGCUUCUGGACAAGAUGACGUUUUCCUCAAGUAACCAGUUACUUUUCUACUCUCUGUCAUUCUGCAAGAGCGCUGUGGCUUUGGUGCUUCCCACUGCACUCGUUCCUGGAGUCAUAUGUUGGAUUUCAUCAAAAAGCAAGCAUGAAAAGGGCAUGUAGUGCAACAUUUGUACAAAACUGAAACAUGCAGCUUUGUGAUUUACCUGCUAAUGCAGUGGUUCAGCAAAUAUUUUUGCAGUGCACUCUUUAUAAAAUACCUCUCAGAUGGCAUGAACACGAUGGGUGGCUACAAAACUCAAAUCAUUUAAACAGUUUUGAACUUUUAGUUUGUUGUAUGCAUUUGUUUUUUAAUUCUCUGCAUUAUGAAAACCAUAUGUCCAUUUAAAAGAGAGAUGGAGAGAGAGAAAGAAAAUUUAGUUCUUCGAAAUGUACUUUGUAUUCAUGUUGGUUUAGAAAAACUUAUUUUUAUAACAUUUCCAAGAAAAUGGUAUCUUUAAAGUUAAGCAGUUUUGUUCAAAUAAUUGUAAA